UUUUUGAGGAAAGCGCCGACCACAGUCUUUUCUUAUUCACCCGGAGCCGUCCUCGUGCCAACACACCAAUGCUGGCGGAUUCGAUCCAGAGGUUCUUCACAAAUAAGACUUGUAGUGUGUGCAAGAACCAUGCAGAAUGCUUUUGCUCAGAUAUACUACUCUACUCAGAAAUUGUCUCAAAUCGAAGUCUCUGGCCAGCCGGUUUGCAAGAUGCCCAUUAUAUUCAGCUAUUGAGUCACAGUGUUAUGAUCAAGAUGCCUCUAGUGCAGUACAAUAAUCUUCCCAAGGACGAGCGAAACUCCCACAAUGUACGCUUUCCAGCUCAGACAGUCAUUGUCAUAUUGCGGAGUCAUCAAAAUUCACUUUUGGGGAUUUCACUUCAACAGAUAUCUUCUGCAAGUUAUGUGCGCUUGUCGGAAAAAUCUCUCCUUCUGCAAGAAGAUAUGAUCCGGGCGGACCAGGCAGAGCUAGGAGCCUACACUGUUCACGAUGCUCAUCCCGGUCGUGGGAUAGAGCCGGUCGGAAAGAUUAUCCCCGGUUAUAUUGACCAAAACUGGCUUGGGAAAUAUAUCAAAUUCAAACUCCACAGUGCCACCUUAACAGCGGAAGAGUGGCAUUGCGAGACUCAAGGUUAUCCCACUACAACAUGUAUUGGCACCGAAGCGCAAUUUCCGCUACCAAGGCAUCGCCAAAAUCAUUUCUCAGUUACAGUCUUUUUUCGAGAUGUCAGUGGUUCAGGAUUGUCUGGAACGAUCGUCUUAGGAAACUCCAUUACCCAAAUGGAGUUGCGUGCAAUAAGGCUGUCUGAGGGCCCGAACGUUGGUCAUCCAUGUUUUCUGAAGCGAGGUAAUCGGACUCAACGUUUUAUGAGAGUUUCUGCUCCAGUACACAACACGCAAGAUUUCAUUGAUAUUGCUCUUCGUAAGCUCCCAGUCACCGAAGUUGAGUUUUCAAAAGGAGAGAAUUUCAAAAAGUCUUCUCGAGAUAAUGCCGCAAUUGAUAUGUGGGGUGGCCACGGUAUCCUAAGAUACCAAUAUCGCUUAGAUAUCAAUCGUUUGUCGGAAGAGAAUACAAGUCAGGAGAGCUCCUCACAGCCAGGUCGACAUAGAUUCCAGAUAUAG